CUCGCCUUGCGUGAGCCGCGGGGGUAGACGGGAAGAGAAAGGCCGCGACGUGAGCGCGCGACCCCAGCCGCCAUUUUGUUUUGGAACGAGCCAAGGAGGUGCCAUGUUUCAGAACGGAGUGAGAACACUGGGUAAAAAGAGCUGAAAAUAUAACAGAAAUUGAGACAUACGCUAACUGGAAAAAAUUAACCUGUCUCUGAGGUGACUAAAGGGGAAUAAUGGUGAUUUUGCGCCGGGCUCGGCCGCCUGCUUCCGCCCCAACCAGCAAUGAAUCUUGACUCGCUCUCGCUGGCCUUGUCUCAAAUCAGCUACCUGGUGGACAAUUUAACCAAGAAAAACUACCGAGCCAGCCAGCAGGAAAUACAACAUAUUGUGAAUCGGCACGGCCCCGAGGCAGACAGGCAUUUACUACGCUGUCUAUUCUCGCACGUGGAUUUCAGUGGCGAUGGUAAAAGUAGCGGCAAAGAUUUCCAUCAGACUCAGUUUCUGAUCCAGGAGUGCGCGUCACUGAUUACGAAACCAAACUUUAUUUCGACGCUGUCCUAUGCUAUUGAAAACCCUCUGCACUAUCAGAAGAGUCUUAAGCCAUCACCUCAUCUAUUCACUCAGCUGAGCAAAGUUAUCAAAUUAAGCAAGGUUCAAGAGGUUAUUUUUGGCCUUGCAUUGCUGAACUCUUUCAAUCCAGAUCUACGAGGUUUUGCGGCUCAGUUUAUUAAACAGAAGCUUCCAGAUCUUCUGCGUUCAUACAUUGACGCAGACGUUGGUGGAAAUCAAGAAGGUGGCUUCCAGGACAUCGCAAUAGAGAUCUUGCACCUCCUCCUUUCCCAUCUUCUUUUUGGGCAGAAGGGAGCCUUUGGGGUUGGACAAGAACAGAUUGACGCUUUUCUCAAAACCUUACGUAGAGAUUUUCCCCAGGAACGCUGCCCUGUGGUGCUUGCACCACUCCUCUACCCUGAAAAACGGGACAUUCUAAUGGACAGGAUCCUGCCUGAUUCUGGAGGGAUUGCGAAAACAAUGAUGGAGAGUUCUCUUGCAGACUUCAUGCAGGAAGUUGGUUAUGGUUUUUGUGCAAGCGUGGAAGAAUGUCGCAACAUCAUCACUCAGUUUGGAGUUGGGGAGGUUACAGCAGCCCAGGUGGCCAGGGUUUUGGGAAUGAUGGCUCGAACGCACUCAGGAUUGGCAGACGGUAUUCCAUUACAGUCCAUCUCAGCUCCUGGCAGUGGAAUUUGGAGUGAUGGAAGAGAUAAAAAUGAUGGAACACAAACUCAUACGUGGAAUGUAGAGGUUCUGAUCGACGUGCUUAAGGAACUGAACCCAAGUUUGAACUUCAAGGAAGUAACCUAUGAACUAGAUCACCCUGGAUUUCAAGUUCGUGAUAGUAAAGGUUUGCAGAUUGUGGUGUAUGGUGUCCAGAGAGGGCUAGGACUUGAAGUCUUUCCAGUUGACCUCAUCUACAGACCUUGGAAACAUGCAGAAGGCCAGCUCUCUUUCAUCCAACAUUCCCUCAUUAACCCGGAGAUCUUCUGUUUUGCUGACUACCCCUGUCAUACUGUUGCCACAGAUAUUUUGAAAGCACCACCUGAGGAUGACAAUCGAGAAAUUGCCACAUGGAAGAGCCUGGACUUGAUAGAGUCGCUGCUGCGGUUGGCAGAGGUGGGACAGUAUGAACAGGUCAAGCAGCUCUUCAGCUUCCCUAUCAAGCACUGUCCAGAUAUGUUGGUAUUGGCCUUACUUCAGAUCAACACUUCCUGGCACACUUUGCGGCAUGAACUAAUCUCCACACUAAUGCCCAUUUUCCUUGGCAACCAUCCUAAUUCUGCCAUCAUCUUGCAUUAUGCAUGGCAUGGACAGGGCCAGUCUCCUUCAAUUCGCCAACUCAUCAUGCAUGCAAUGGCAGAAUGGUACAUGAGAGGGGAGCAGUAUGACCAGGCCAAAUUAUCACGUAUCCUAGAUGUUGCCCAAGACUUGAAGGCGUUGUCAAUGCUGCUAAAUGGUACUCCAUUUGCCUUUGUUAUUGACCUUGCUGCACUUGCCUCUCGACGGGAAUACCUCAAACUAGACAAAUGGCUCACAGAUAAAAUUCGAGAGCAUGGGGAACCCUUCAUCCAAGCCUGUAUGACUUUCUUAAAAAGAAGAUGCCCUUCUAUCUUGGGUGGCCUUGCCCCAGAGAAAGACCAACCAAAAAGCGCUCAGCUUCCUCCAGAGACAUUGGCAACUAUGUUGGCUUGUUUGCAAGCUUGUGCAGGAAGCGUCUCACAAGAGCUGUCGGAAACUAUUCUCACCAUGGUAGCCAACUGCAGCAAUGUCAUGAACAAAGCUAGGCAACCGCCACCUGGAGUUAUGCCCAAAGGACGUCCACCCAGUGCUAGCAGUCUGGAUGCCAUCUCUCCUGUACAGAUCGACCCGCUUGCUGGGAUGGCAUCUCUUAGUUUAGGUGGUUCAGCGGUCCCACAUACCCAGAGUAUGCCCGGUUUUCCUCCAAACCUGGGUUCAGCCUUUAGUACUCCUCAAUCACCAGCAAAAGCAUUUCCUCCACUUUCUACGCAAAACCAGAACACACCUUUUAGUGGAAUUGGUGGACUCUCGUCACAGCUUCCAGUUGGUGGUCUUACGACAAGUAGUCUGGGUAUAGGAACUGGGGCCCUCAGCCUCCCUGCGGUGAACAAUGACCCCUUUGUGCCAAGGAAACUGAGCACAUCAGGAUUGAACCAGCCUACAUUCCAGCAGAGUAAGAUGAAACCUUCUGACUUAUCUCAGGUAUGGCCAGAGGCAAACCAGCACUUUAGCAAAGAGAUUGAUGAUGAAGCCAACAGUUAUUUUCAGCGCAUUUAUAAUCAUCCUCCACAUCCAACUAUGUCCGUAGAUGAGGUGUUAGAAAUGCUACAGAGGUUUAAAGACUCCAACAUUAAACGGGAACGUGAAGUAUUUAACUGUAUGCUGAGGAACUUGUUUGAGGAGUAUCGCUUUUUCCCCCAGUACCCAGAUAAAGAGCUUCACAUAACAGCCUGCCUGUUUGGUGGGAUAAUAGAGAAAGGACUGGUUACAUAUAUGGCCCUGGGCCUGGCCUUGCGCUAUGUUCUUGAAGCCUUACGAAAGCCUUUUGCAUCCAAAAUGUACUAUUUUGGUAUUGCUGCACUAGAUAGAUUUAAAAAUAGAUUGAAGGACUAUCCCCAGUAUUGUCAGCACUUGGCUUCUAUUAGUCACUUUAUACAGUUCCCUCAUCACCUGCAGGAGUACAUUGAAUAUGGACAGCAAUCAAGAGAUCCUCCUGUGAAGAUGCAGGGUUCAAUCACCACCCCUGGAAGUAUUGCACUUGCCCAAGCUCAGGCCCAGGCUCAGGCCCCAGCAAAAACUCCUCUUGCUGGUCAAGUUAGCACUAUAGUAACCACCUCCACCACAACCACUACUGUAGCCAAGACCACGAUCACUCCAGUGGGCCGAGUCAGCUUCAAGAAGGAUGUGCCGCCAUCAAUUAAUACAACCAACAUUGAUACCCUACUGGUGGCCACAGAUCAAACAGAGAGAAUUGUGGAACCCCCUGAAAAUGUACAGGAGAAAAUUGCCUUUAUCUUCAACAACCUGUCUCAAUCAAAUAUGACUCAGAAGGUUGAAGAGCUGAAGGAAACGGUGAAGGAAGAGUUCAUGCCUUGGGUUUCACAAUAUCUUGUGAUGAAGAGAGUUAGUAUUGAGCCAAACUUCCACAGCCUCUAUUCGAAUUUCCUUGACACGCUUAAGAAUCCAGAAUUCAACAAAAUGGUUCUCAAUGAAACCUACAGAAAUAUCAAGGUACUGCUCACAUCUGAUAAAGCUGCUGCCAACUUCUCAGACCGUUCUCUGCUGAAGAACCUGGGUCACUGGUUGGGGAUGAUCACACUGGCAAAGAACAAGCCCAUCUUGCACACGGACUUGGAUGUGAAAUCGUUGCUGCUGGAGGCAUACGUUAAGGGGCAGCAGGAGCUGCUGUACGUUGUGCCGUUUGUUGCCAAAGUCUUGGAAUCGAGUGUAAGAAGCGUGGUUUUCAGGCCUCCCAACCCCUGGACAAUGGCGAUCAUGAAUGUACUUGCAGAGUUGCACCAGGAGCAUGAUUUAAAACUGAACCUGAAGUUUGAGAUUGAAGUGCUCUGCAAGAACCUUGCCCUUGACAUCAAUGAACUAAAGCCUGGGAACCUCCUGAAAGAUAAGGAUCGGCUGAAAAAUCUGGAUGAGCAGCUGUCUGCUCCAAAGAAGGAUGUGAAACAACCAGAGGAGUUGCCACCCAUUACGACCACCACUGCUUCCACUACACCAGCUACCAGCACCACCUGUACAGCUACUGUUCCUCCACAGCCCCAAUACAGCUACCACGAUAUCAACGUCUACUCCCUGGGAGGGCUGGCUCCACACAUUACACUUAACCCAACUAUCCCCUUGUUUCAAGCACACCCACAGUUAAAGCAGUGUGUGCGCCAGGCCAUUGAGCGGGCGGUUCAAGAACUUGUACAUCCGGUGGUGGAUCGGUCCAUCAAAAUAGCCAUGACUACAUGCGAGCAGAUAGUAAGGAAGGAUUUUGCGUUAGACUCAGAAGAGUCACGCAUGCGCAUAGCAGCACACCACAUGAUGCGAAAUUUGACUGCUGGCAUGGCUAUGAUUACCUGCCGGGAACCGUUGCUGAUGAGCAUAGCUACCAACCUGAAGAACAGCUUUGCUACUGCAUUGAGGGCUGCUUCACCACAGCAGAGGGAGAUGAUGGAGCAGGCUGCUGCACAGUUGGCUCAGGAUAACUGCGAGCUGGCAUGCUGCUUCAUUCAGAAGAUGGCUGUUGAGAAAGCAGGUCCUGAAAUGGAUAAGCGGCUGGCUACUGAAUUUGAGCUUAGAAAACAUGCCAGACAAGAGGGUCGUAGGUACUGUGAUCCUGUAGUACUGACUUAUCAGGCUGAGCGGAUGCCAGAACAGAUCAGGUUAAAGGUUGGUGGUGUGGACCCAAAGCAGCUAGCUGUUUAUGAAGAAUUUGCACGUAAUGUCCCUGGUUUCUUACCAACCAAUGACUUAACUCAGCCUACAGGAAUCUUGGCACAGCCUAUGAAGCAAGCCUGGGCAACGGACGAUGUAGCACAGAUCUAUGAUAAAUGCAUGACAGAACUGGAACAGCACCUUCAAUCCGUUCCUCACACCCUGCCCAUGAACCCGCAAACCCAAGCCUUACGAAGCCUCUUGGAGGCAGUGGUUGUGGCUCGUAACUCUCGUGAUGCUAUUGCAGCUCUAGGACUGCUCCAGAAGGCUGUUGAGGGCCUGCUGGAUGCUACUAGUGGUGCAGAUGCUGAUCUUCUUCUCCGCUAUCGAGAGUGUCACUUGCUUGUUUUGAAAGCCUUGCAGGAUGGCCGUGCUUAUGGCUCUCCAUGGUGUAAUAAGCAGAUCACAAGAUGCCUGAUUGAAUGUAGAGAUGAAUAUAAAUACAAUGUAGAAGCGGUAGAGCUGCUGAUACGUAACCACCUAGUUAGCAUGCAGCAGUACGAUCUUCACUUGGCUCAGUCGAUGGAGAAUGGCUUGAACUAUAUGGCUGUGGCAUUUGCAAUGCAAUUGGUAAAAAUCCUCUUGGUGGAUGAGAGAAGUGUAGCUCACAUAACGGAAGCAGAUCUGUUCCACACAAUUGAAACUCUGAUGAGAAUUAACGCUCACUCCCGAGGGAGUGCACCAGAAGGGUUACCACAGCUGAUGGAAGUGGUGCGCUCCAACUAUGAAGCCAUGAUUGACCGUGCUCAUGGAGGGCCAAACUUUAUGAUGCAUUCUGGAAUCUCUCAAGCCUCUGAAUAUGAUGAUCCCCCUGGCCUGAGGGAGAAGGCAGAAUACCUGCUGAGGGAAUGGGUCAAUCUCUACCACUCUGCUGCAGCUGGUCGUGACAGUACCAAAGCAUUCUCUGCGUUUGUUGGACAGGUAGAGCUUUUGGAAAGAAAGAUGCAUCAGCAAGGAAUCCUGAAGACCGACGACUUGAUCACACGGUUCUUUCGCCUUUGCACGGAAAUGUGUGUGGAAAUCAGCUAUCGUGCUCAAGCAGAGCAGCAGCACAACCCUGCUGCAAAUCCCACCAUGAUCCGUGCCAAGUGUUACCACAAUCUGGAUGCCUUUGUGCGCCUUAUUGCACUGCUGGUGAAGCACUCUGGGGAGGCUGCCAACACUGUCACCAAGAUCAAUUUGCUCAACAAGGUUCUUGGAAUAGUGGUGGGAGUACUAUUGCAGGAUCAUGAUGUUCGUCAGAGUGAAUUUCAGCAACUCCCAUACCACCGCAUUUUUAUCAUGCUGCUGUUGGAAUUAAAUGCCCCUGAACAUGUCCUAGAAACAAUUAAUUUUCAGACUCUCACAGCAUUCUGUAACACAUUUCACAUCCUGAGACCAACAAAAGCUCCAGGUUUUGUUUACGCUUGGUUAGAAUUGAUCUCCCACCGGAUAUUUAUUGCAAGAAUGCUGGCACAUACACCACAGCAGAAGGGUUGGCCAAUGUAUGCCCAACUGCUGAUCGACCUAUUUAAAUACUUGGCUCCUUUCUUGAGAAAUGUGGAGCUUGCCAAACCUAUGCAAAUUCUCUACAAGGGUACCCUGCGUGUGUUGCUGGUCUUGUUACAUGAUUUCCCAGAAUUCCUCUGUGACUACCACUACGGGUUCUGUGAUGUGAUUCCUCCAAACUGCAUUCAGCUAAGGAAUCUAAUCUUGAGUGCCUUCCCACGAAAUAUGAGGCUUCCAGAUCCCUUCACUCCUAACCUUAAGGUGGACAUGUUGAGUGAGAUUAACAUUGCUCCUCGGAUCCUCACCAACUUCACGGGAGUGAUGCCGCCUCAGUUCAAGAAGGAUUUGGAUUCCUAUCUCAAAACACGCUCUCCAGUCACGUUCUUGUCUGAUCUUCGUAGCAAUUUGCAGGUGUCGAACGAACCUGGCAAUCGUUACAAUAUCCAGUUAAUAAAUGCCCUGGUGCUGUAUGUAGGUACCCAGGCUAUUGCGCACAUUCACAACAAAGGCAGCACUCCCUCUAUGAGCACCAUCACCCACUCAGCUCAUAUGGACAUCUUUCAGAAUCUGGCUGUAGAUCUGGACACAGAAGGUCGGUACCUCUUCUUGAAUGCAAUUGCCAAUCAAUUACGGUACCCCAACAGUCAUACACACUAUUUCAGCUGUACCAUGCUUUACUUAUUUGCUGAAGCCAACACUGAAGCUAUUCAGGAACAGAUCACCAGAGUUCUCUUAGAGCGACUGAUUGUAAAUAGGCCUCACCCAUGGGGUCUGCUAAUUACCUUUAUUGAGCUGAUUAAAAACCCAGCAUUUAAAUUCUGGAACCAUGAGUUUGUUCAUUGUGCUCCGGAAAUUGAGAAUCUCUGUCCUUGCCGUAGGCUGUUCCAGUCCGUGGCACAGUGCUGCAUGGGGCAAAAGCAGGCACAGCAAGUGAUGGAAGGGACCGGUGCUAGUUAGAGGAAGUGGACGCUGAGUUGGAAGUAGGCCACCCGGAGGUCUCCAUCCCAUCAGGCUGGCAGAAGAAUGCGUGUGGGUCUUCCCAGAGCUUGGAGGCCACACUCCCUCCUCCCCCUCCAUGUUGGGCUUACAUCACAGAUCCGUGUGUGAGAAGUCUCCUCCUGUGUGGGCAUGUUCCAAAGUUUAAAACAAGUUUUUGACUUUUGGCCAAAAUACAGAAUAUGCUGUGAAUAUAAUUUCGAACUAUUGUAAAUACACAGAACAGAAAUAUUUGUCUGGACUUUGGGUUUGUGCAAGUUUUGUUUCAAGAGAGGCACCACCCCUAGCGCCUGGCCAGCUUAUAAGGAAGUGGUGGCCACUGAUGCCAAGCUUUUCUCAAGGGCAGAUCUGCUUGUCCCGACGUUCCCAGACUCCCAAAGAAAAUGGAAAAGCCAGUUUAAAUAUUAUGUAACUUAUUUUUUUCUUGUGGAUGGGGGACCUAUAAAUCACAAAGUUGUUAAAGGAAAAAAUGUGGAUGUGUUGGAGCACAGGAUUCUCUGACAUAUGGGGGGGGAGAGUUUAGGGUCCAUUGGGGUGCUUACCCUGUAUCACAUGCUGACAGCAAGAUGCACAGAAGUUGGAGGACUCAUUCUUUCAGCUGGCAAAGAUACACCUCAGGCCCUUGUUGAGAGGGCUGAUUAUUUUAGCAGGAGAACCAGACAAGGCCUGUAGAUUUUCUUGACACUUGUAAAUUUUGGGAUAGGGAGGGUAUGAGAAUCUAUUAACUACUCUCCUUUGGCCACAAAGUUUGAGUUUGUAAAAAGAACAAAAAGGACCAAUACAGCCCAUUUUGUAAGGAUUUUGAAUGUUUUGUAAAUGUAUUGGUCCAUGUGUUGUAUUUUGUAGCCUUUCUAGUUCUCUUGGGCUUUAGUUCUCCCACUUGUAUGUAUGCAUACUGUAGUUAAAACAUUAAAGUCAUGAACUGCA